UUUGCAUGUAGGACAAGUGAAGAGAAUAAUACGUGUACAAAAGCAAGCGCACAGAAUAAACUUGAACGGGAUAGCAAACAGGUAGCACACCUAGAACGCGGUCGAGAGAAAACAGUGCCGCAGGAGCCCGAUAGCUAUUCCCCUAGGAUGCAGGAAACGGGGGAGAAACACUCUGGAUGGACGUGGUGGAUGGUGGCUGGGAAAACCAAAGACCGAACCCGGGUAAAAUCGAACUCUUCUUCCGGCUCCUCCAUCGUCGAGGACUCCGCACUUAUUCUGGCAUGCGCCAACCGCCAGGAUUCCCGGUAUGUUCACCCAACGAAACCUUUCCUCAUCCGAAGACGUGGGCGCUUACAGAAGGCCCCCUUCCCUCGUCAACAUUUUGCAGAUACUCCUUGCUUAAUCUAUUCAAGGGUAGCGCUCCUCAACUUGAAUGGGACUAGGAUGAGAUGUCAACGCGACGGUUUGGGGCGGAGAGUGAUGUGGAGAUGGGUUGGGAGGAAGGCCACGGCCCACGGGUGGGAAGACUUGGAGAGGGACGUUUUGGUGACUGGAGCGUCGUGUCGCCAUCAUCCAACGUGUUAUGAGCAACCACUCCAGGAACUUGAUAAUCAUUGGCCGAGAGGAAGACUGUCAAGACGCAUGGCCUUCAGCAACGCGAGCACCGACUCCAAGGAGAGCCUGUUCAUUGGCAAUGUCGGUGGAGCCCUCAGCACCAUUCCCUUGCACCAAAGUCUGCUGUCGCUUCGUCUUCCUUCUCUGCUUCCUCCCUGGUCCAGUUAUCCUUCACCUACGAUACCUAGAACACCCAGGCCAAUGCAGAAAAUAUCGACUACCGUGUCACCGAAAACGCGAACUUCCUUCUGCAUUAGUUUAUAAGCAGUGGUAGUUGAGAUGCAUGGCUUCAAGAUCACGAUAACGCUUCAUCGAUCAUCCCUGGAGCAGGAGUAUCUCGACAACCUGUUCUGUUCGCCAACCACAUCAAAUCUGCAUGACUUGAACGACUUUCGCACGUC